AAAACUCCGGCAGCUUCUCCGAAGAGUUCUCCACCACCGGUAGCAUCGUCACCUCCGGUGGCGACUCCUCCAUCUGCAGUAACACCUGUCUCUGCUCCUGCUAAUGCUCCUACUACUGCUUCUUCUCCAUCUGAAUCUCCAUUGGCAUCUCCUCUAUCUCCACCAACCGUCGAUACUCCGGCUUCAUCUCCUUCCGGUGGUGCUCCUCCUCCAUCCAUCAGUGCCUCUCCCAGCGGUUCUCCUACCUCAUCUCCCAACUCUGCUUCCUUGAACAGAGUUGUCGUCGUCGGAUCUGCUGUUGUAGCUAUUUUUUAUGCUACUUUGAUGGUUUAA